GGAGCAUGCUCCGCCGGGUAGUAGCAGGCGGGGUGACUCGUGCUGGUCCCCGGCCGGCCGAAGCGGCAGCGGCUGCGGCGCGGGACAGUAUGCGGGAACCGCUCGUGAUGGGUGCUACCACCAUGAUGGUCCAAGCCCAUGAGGUUUGAUGACACUACACCAUGUAUAGUGUGGAAGAUCUUCUGAUUUCUCAUGGAUACAAACCAGCCCGAGAUGCCACAGCACCACGUGAGGACAAAUCAGAGCGAUGCAAAUCAACAAGAACAGAACCCCGAGCUGGCCAAGGCCUAUUGAAUGGGUACAGGGAUGGCCCUACAGCUCAUGCUCACAGUAGGACAUCCCUGGGGACAGGACACGUGAGCAACUCUGAAAACCGCAGCAGCAAGCCAAGAGGCCACAGAGAGCACCGAAGCGCUUCUUCUAGAACUCCUGAGGCGGGGUUUUUAAAUCAACCCUCCUUAGCAUGGUCCUCUCAGCCCCAACGUGGUAGAGACGACAUCUAUUGGAGCCGAGGAAGGCAGGAGGGCAGUGGCUCCCUGUGUCCCAGGGAUCGGAAAGAACUGGAGAGCAGAGGAAUGGCUCAGACUCACAGCCUGCCCAUCCAUGUGAGAGAGAGUCCGUGGGAAGUUGCAGGAAGAACAGAGCAUGUGAUAAAGAACGCCGUUUGGGAAGAAGAGCUGAGGAUGCCGACUCCCACUAAGGGAGAAGACGUGAGCUUGGGAAGCUGGAAGCAGCCGAGGAAGUUAGGGAGGCAGGCGUCUGAUGGUGAUGGACAGAAAAGGUCCCAGGAAAGGUUUGAGGAUCUGUACCAAUUUGUUCAUGGAGAGCCCAUGCUGGCAUCUCAGACCAGAAAGAAAGCCCAGUCAUUGCCCCGAGCUCUUUCUCCUAAGGGCCUGAAUUUCACAGAAAUCCCUGUUCCACUAUAUGAUGGUCACAUAUCAGGUAUACCCAAAGCGCCAUCAUACCCUCCCAGCUGCCCACCACCUUUGGAACCUACAAGGAACCUUGAGAAGGCUGGUCCCUCGGGCCCUUUUCCCAGGCCUAAGUUUGGGAAGCCCCUUAAGACUCUGUGUUAUGGCUCUCACUCACAGCCCAGGGGAGAAGGUGGAUUUCAGGACCACCAGCACAGGGAGCCACGUGGCUCCUACCCAACAAGAAGUAAGGAUCCCAGCCAUGAGUUAGGUAUGCUGGAUACUGGCUUGGAGCCCCCAGUGUAUGUGCCCCCACCUUCAUACAGAUCACCCCCUCAGCACAUUCCAAACCCCUACCUUGAAGAUCCUGUGCCCAGGCACGUGAGCAGUGGCCAGAGUCAGCAGCAGCAACUACCUGAGAAACCUGAGGCCAGCUGUCCACUUCCUUCCGGCUCCCUUGCAGCUAGGGAUCUCUAUGAUGCAAUGCCUGGCUCUCCUCCUCAAGGUCUUCCUCCACACCCCUAUCCUCUGGCCACCCAUGGGAGUUCUAUCCAGUACAUUCCAUUUGAUGAUCCACGGAUCCGACAUAUCAAACUAGCUCAGCCCCCAGAAUUCUAUGAAGAGGCAAAGCUUGAUGGCACAUCCUAUAACUCCAGUUUCAUCACUACCCAGGAACCAGCUCUUGGGAAAAGACAGUAUGAUGAUGCCCUUUCAGCACCACGGGGCUCAACACCCCCACCAGUAAGUGAGCGGGGCUCAGCCUUUGCCCACUCCAGCCCCCAGUGGCUGCAGGGCCAGCUCUCCAUGGGCAUUGAACCUGGAGGCUUCCCUAGCCAAACAGAGCAUCAUGUCAUGAGAGGAUUAACAACUGAUAUGAGAGACAGCAGGGCAGAAAGCUAUGCCUCUUCCCCACAGCCACCGAGUGAAGGUACCUGCAAAACCUACACUAAGCUCAGGAAGUUUGAAACUGGGAUACAGAGCAAGAAAAAUUCAAAGAAGAAAAGUAAUGCAACCAUAUUUUGUUUGGUCUCUGUCCCAGUUAAAUCUGAGUCACUUGGGCCAGAUACAGAUACAAACAACAAUGACUUAAAGCUGGGAGCUGAUACGACCCAUGGGCUGUGUCAGGGUCCUGCCCUGGAGGAGCAGAGUCUGCUGAGCAUGUCUUCCUCCGACCUGGAGCUGCAAGCCCUCAUGGGAAGCACAGCUUGGAGAAGAGCAUCCCCAAGGCACGGUCUGGGGGAGUCAGAAGACAGCCGAACUGAUGACCCCAGAAUCCUCCACCUUAUCAGACCCAAAGAGCUCCAGGCUUCUGGCUCAUGGCCAGGACACCAAUACAGAGAUCAGCAGACCCAAACCAGUUUCCCUGAAGACUCCAAAAGCUCACAGCCCCUCCCUGCCACAAAGCCAGGAGAGGCUAGCAAAGCAGCACCGACCCCAAUGUGCCCAGAUACCACUGCCUCUGAAGUACAGCUGCAUGCGGCCUUAGCAUCCAGUGACCCAAAUCAGAAGCCCAGUGGACCUCACCUUCGAGGGCAAAUGUCCCUCAGCCCAUCUCAAAACAGUGCUUUCUCAAGGACGUCCUCAGCCAUAAACCAGGCAUCUAUGCCCAAAGGGGCCUCUGACCAGCUCCCAAGUGCCAGCCCUGUUCCCAAGCCAGAGGUGGUGAAGGGGGAGUCCACAACAGGCCAGUGCAAUAGCACACAACUCUUUGGUCAGUUUCUCUUGAAACCAGUUAGCCGGCGGCCCUGGGAUCUGAUAAGUCAGUUAGAAAGUUUUAACAAGGAGCUUCAGGAAGAGGAAGAAAGCCAUGGUGCUAGUAGUGGGGGCAGUAGUGACAACAGUGAGGCCGAACAGCCAGAGGACAGUGCUGACUCCAGAGCCAAGAGCUGGGGCCACCAGGAAACUAGAACAGAACAGUGGCUUGCAGGGCUGCCACUGGAGGAUGCAGCGUCCCCAGAAGGAAGACUUAAUGAGUCACAGAACUGGAGUGAGGAACCAAAACCUGGCCACCCAUGUGCCCAUCCACAGUCCUCAGGCCCAUCACAGGAGGAAGACAGCAGAGGUGUUCCAGCCCAACAGGCAGAUGGGAGCCUGACUGCAGAGCAGAAAAGCCAGGAGGUUUUGAAUGGGACCUGUGAGGGGGAUAUUAGCCCAAGGCCUGUGAGCAGGAUUGCACCGGUUGACACAAAAGCAGCCCCUUUCUUCUGUCUGACAGAACCGAGAGGAAGUCAAGAACUCACCAAAGUCAGCAGUGCUUUAGGGUCUGUGCAGCUCGGCAGAGAGACUCCCACAAAGGUGGACAGUGAUGGGGACACAGAAGUCCUACCCUGUGUCCUGCCCUUUGCUGACAAAUAUGGAGGCCUCUCAACACCAGACUUUCGGUCUUUAGAGCUCACACUAGGACAAGAGCAGAGAGCCUAUAAAUCAGAGUAUCUGGGCUUAGAGAACACCAUGGAAGUCCUUCCAAGUGAGUCUCUGCAGGAAAGGGCAGAGAGGAUUCUGGGCAUCGAGGUGGCUGUGGAGUCCCUUCUGCCAGGUGCCAGGAGAACAGAACAGAGCCAGCUCCCUGAGCCUGAUGCAAGUACCUGCGGCCCAAGGUCCUCCAGAGAGGACUCCUUGUCCAGCCUGGCGCCUACAGGGGCCCCCAUGGUGGCCACUGAUGCCUUCUAUGGCAGGAGGAAGUGUGGCUGGACUGAGAGCCCCCUUUUUGUAGGAGAAAGAGCCCCCCAGGCUUCUGUAUGCUCAGAUGUGGAGGGGUUCCCUGCAAGCCAGGCCCCCAGUCCUGAGCCUGAGAAAAACGAGGAGGAGGCGAAACCACCCUUCAAGUCCACUCUGUUCCAUUUCAUGGAGAAGUCCACACAUGUGGUGGGCCCUGAAAAGAGGCUCAGAAACCCUUCCAAAGUGAUCGAGAGCUUACAAGAAAAACUAGUAUCACCUCCAAAGAGGGCAGACUCAGUUCGCUUGAUAAGAAUGAGGGAGGUAAACUCCUUGUCUCAGAUGAGAGGUCUGAGCUCCAAAAGUGCAGACUCCAUGGAGGAGCCCGACCCUUUAAAGGGCACCAAGAGUCCAGCCUGGCUCUCAGAAGGCCUUACUUCCCCGAGUGGUAAAGACCAGGCCUGGCAAGCGGGGCAUCUGCCCUCUGUCUCUCAAAACGAGAACGGACACCCUGAAGUUCCAAGAGAGAAGAUGUCAGACCACGACUUGUGGUGUGCAGAUUCCUAUGAUCCCAGUCGAGUGGAGAGGGUGUGAUGGAGCCCCACCGCCUUGGCUAGUGGAGUGUUCUCUGGUUGGCCCACCUGUCUUGCUCAGGCUGAAGCUGGAAACUGUGGGCUUGGCAGUGUCCUGACUCCUCCUUUGCCUGCCAUCCCUACAGAAUUGUUACGGAGAUAAAGUGGUGGUCUGCUGACACCAUCUGUCUCUACAGCAUGGAUAUGUAAUUCCUAUAUUUAGAACAGAGUAUUUACAUCAAUUCCCUUCCGGGUGGAUUAGGCCGAGCUGGUAAAUAGCUUGGUGUAAAUCUGAUGUUAGGUGAAAAAUCAAACAGAAGUAGUGGGUGAUUUUGAUUGUACCCUGAUCUCAUCCUUUCCUGCCGCAUCUCCCAGCCCAUACUCACGUUUAGGAGUGUGGCCUAGGAGUUUGGACACUUGUAGCAUAAGGGGAAUGGAAGUGAGUGAGUGAUUACAUAUGACCCAUUUUUAUCACUAAACUUUCGGCAGCUUGGGGUACCGUGUGAGUUAGCCGCUGUGAAGGGUCACACUCAAUGUAACUUACCCUGGAGGUGAUCCGCUUGGCAUUGAGGCAAACGCGCUGUGCUCGCUCUGCUUUGCACUCCGUCUUCCCCAGGUUUUACCUUCUGUGUGAAUGUUUAGAUAUUCUUUAUAUGAAAAAUAAUUGCUGGUUUAAAAUAGACCAUGUUAACAAAGUAACUAUAUUUCUUUUUAUAAAAUUGCUAUUUUUCUAUGAUGUAUAAACUGUUCUUAGGUGGCAGAUUUUUAAGGAAGUGCUAUUUUAUUUAAGAGUCUAUCCCUGUGUGUGUGAGGGACCCCAGAGGGCCCACCUUGGCUCUGAAGCCUUUGUCCCUGCUCCAACUUCAGCUCUGUCCCUUUUUACUGUGUUCCACAGUGUCAUCGAAAACCAAUCACAUGUUCAUUAACUCUCACAAAGAUGUUUGCACAGACAGAGCUGUGAGAUUACAUUUGAAGACACUGCUCUCAAAACCAACCAACAACUUCCUGGUCAUUCUGCAUCUAUGUCCACUAGACUUGCCAACCCCCCAUACCUCUGUCUCUGUAUUCCUAUGGGGAAUCUACCCCAAGAAGACUUUUCUCCUGCCUACCGCCUUGCUCCUUUAAAGAGAUAUAUAUUUUUGUCUAGAAUGAACCUGACUAAUUAAUCUUGCAUAUUCUGAAAAGUGCUUGGGAACAGUACAUAGGCGGCAUUCUAUGUGUGCAUCCACCAUGCCGGAAGUACAGAGAGGCCUGUGGUUCCACUAUUGCAUUUGCCUGCAUAGUUCAUGUAUUUCCUGGCAUUUUACCCUCUGCCUGAGGAAGGCAUUCUUGUUAGCUAACAUCUUCCAAAGCCUUUAUUUCAUUCCUUUCCCUCUUACCUCCCUCCCUGUCCUUUUGUCUUUUCUUUCCCCCACCCUGCACCUCUCUUUCUCUAUUAAUUUUUUGAGACAUUCGGUUAACCUAUUUUCUGACAUGCCAAAUUCCUGCAGUAUGAGCCCAUGGCUGGUCAGUCCUCUAGUCCUAAGCUCGAACAGGACUUUCCCAGUCUCUUAUGUACACCAUAUCAUUUUAUUUCCUAAGAACCUCACAUGCACUGACUGGACUACACAAAGCAGAGUCCAAGUAGUCUCGACAGACCUUCCCAGAUGCACACAUCUGCAGUCUUCCUGACACACCGUCCGAGACGUACACAUCUGCAGUCUUGGUUUGCACCUGUUUCUCGUGGCUGUCCUUGUCCAGAGCUUGGCUCUCGUGAGAAGGGGUGUAGCUGUAGCUCUCUGUGGGGUAGUGGGCAAGCAGGUUGGUAGUCUGCAGUGGUGGCUGAAUCAUCUUCUAGGGGCAGGUGAAAGCUAAACUGUACUGGUCUCUAUGGGGCUGUACUUCCUUAAAGUGCAAGCAGCCAUAUGCAUGUGUACACAUGUGAAGACCCCCGUGCACGCCUUGUGCUUGUGUACAUACUGGUGCUGUACUGACUCCCUGUCAAGUAACCUGAUAUGGUCAAAAGACUGUAAGAGAGAGAGAAGGAUCCCGAAGGAAAACUGUUGUGCCUUAUGUAUCUCCGUCUGAAACAAGCUGCGCUUUCAUUUUGUCUCAUUUGGAAUUGCAUCCUACUUCUGCAGCUGGUCAGUCACACCGUGAUAUUAUAAUUUAACCUUAAGUUUUCCAUAUUUGAGUCCAUACGCAACUCUUUUGGAAGGAAGUGGUAAUGCUAAACUUAGAAACUUGAAAUUUUGACCUGUAACUUUUCAUAUUCCUAGGUAAUAUAUAUCCAACCACAAAUCAUUUUGUUGAGGUCUCAAGGUCAACACUAACCACCAUUCCCUGUGUAAAUGUCAUGUGUGCCCAUGAUUUUUGGUGGAAAAUUUUUCCCAUAUUCUGUGUUUGUAAUUAUUUUUCUCAUUACACAUGUUGGUAUUCAAUAGUUUGUGGAAUUAAAGGUUCUAAUUUCGACCAUUUGAACUAAAAGUACAGGAGGAAUUGUGCCUGUAGUUGUUUCAGAACUUACAGACAUGAUGGGGAAAUGGUUGUCUUUGGCCUCUUUGGGGGAAAUUUCCUGAAGGACUGAAAAUGAGGUAUCUUACUUAUUCUUAUGAAUACUUACAUAUUCAGUUGUGUUUCCGUAAGCCCCGGGAACCCUCUAAAGAUGCGACCAGCCCCUGGAAGGGACCAUCAGAAUUAUUUCUAUAAUUAUAAACACUUAUUUCCUUUAUUAAUAAAGACCCUGAAUGUGCAUCA